CGACAGAUUCGGGAGAUCAGAGGCCAGAGUUUGGUGCUGGAACAGACAGCAUCCGAGGAGUCGGAGAAUCGACGUUUCAGGCAGAAUGCAUCACGGGCUCUUGAGAUUGCAUAACUACAGCGCAGCAUAAAAACCGAAAUUGCUGGAAAAACUCAGCAGGUCUGGCAGAAGCUGGGGGAAGAGAGAAAAACACAGUUGAGGUUUCGAGUUGGCUAUGAUUCUUCUCAGCAACUCCGAAGUUGCUUUUGUUGAAGUGCAAUGAAAGCUGACAGUGGGGCUGAUCUGAAAUGUGCCUCUUUAACUAAAGAGUAACCCUGACGCCAUCCGGAAGAGGAAGGUGCGGGGCUUUACUCAGCUCAACUCUGCAAACAAACAGAGCGAUUCCAAACGCCGGGCUGCCCCGAUUGUCCGAAACCUCCAAUGUUCCGUCAUGAUGACUCUCGUACUCCCAUUUCAGAUUGCAUGUACUUUUUUGCUUACUCAAGUCUUGUCAUCCUUUUGCUUGCAAAAACUUGACGCUGAUCAUGAAACAGUUGUGAAGAUUUCGAGUGCAGGACAAUUGAUGCAGUGCUCUGCAGCUAUUGAUUUGUUGUUCCUGCUGGAUGGGUCGUACAGUAUUGGCAAAGGCAGCUUCGAAAGAUCCAAACAUGUUGCAUUCAAACUUUGUGAUGCUCUUGAUAUAAAUCCUGACAGGGUCAGAGUUGGUGUAAUCCAGUACAGUUCAUUCCCAAAAUUUGAAUUUUACCUGAAUUCCUAUCUAACAAGGGAAGAAGUAAAGGAACAGCUUAAAAGAAUUAUAUUUAGAGGUGGAAGUACACAGACACCCCUGGCUUUGAAGUACAUUCUGCAUAAAGGUUUUACUGGUUCAAGAAACUCAUCUGUUCCUCGAAUUCUUGUCAUUCUUACUGAUGGCAGAUCUCAGGGUAAUGUAGAACAGGCAGCAACUCAACUGAAAGAAAGUGGAAUAAUUGUCUUUGCUGUUGGAGUCAAAUUUCCAAGAUGGGAUGAGCUUUACACACUGGCUAGUAAACCCACUGAAAGCCACGUCCUAUUCGCAGAGCAUUUUGAUGAUGCGGUCAAUGGUCUCUACAGCACACUCACCAGCUCUGAUGUCUGCUCUGCUAUUCCUCCAGCAUGUAAACUGGAAUCCCACUUCUGUCAUCGUAAAUCACUAGAAACAGUGAAGGAAUUUAAAGGAAAUUUCAUGUGUUGGAAGGGAUCAAAAGGAUAUGGUGGGCCUUUUUCAACAAUGUGUCCUUAUUACAGUUGGAAGAGAGUUUAUAAAACACACCUUGCCCGAUGCUACAGAACAACUUGCCCAGAUCCCUGUGAUUCACAGCCCUGUCAAUUUGGAGGCACAUGUAUCGCUGAAGACUUUGAAAAGUACCACUGUGUGUGCCCCACAACAUUUGGAGGAGAUGCUACUUGUGCUCCACAGCAAGGUCUGGACUGCAAUGCGGAUCUUUUAUUACUUAUCGAUGGCUCUUCCAAAGUGACAGAAGAAGGAUUUCUUCAGCAUAAAUCAUUUGUGAAGCGAUUUCUCCAAACUGUACUGACUGUAGAUGGUCAAGUCAAUGUUGGAGUGGCACAAUUCAGUGAUGGUGUCCAGAUGGAGUUGCCAGUGGGUCAGCACAGUGAUGUAUCAGAUGUUGUUAAAAUGAUCGAUUCAAUACGUUUUAAAGGGGGCAGCACAAAGACUGGCAAAGCUCUGCAUUACCUGACCCAAUUUGGAUUCAAAACUAGCUCAGCACUUGCAAAAGUUCAGAAAGAUCAUCCCCGUGUUUUAGUUCUGCUAACUGACUCGAAAGCAGAAGAUUCAGUUGUUGAGUCAGCCAAAAAUGCGAGUGAUCGAAAGGUCUUCCUUCUUGCUAUUGGCAGCCAGAGCCGUCAAUCCGAACUGGUUGGAAUUACAGGAGAUCCACAGCGUACUAUCACAUAUUCAAAUCCACGGAGCCUCUUGAAUAAGAUUCCUGAACUGAACAAGAAAAUCUGCAGCGUUGAUAAUCAAGGAUGCUUAUCCCAGCCUCUAGAUCUGGUCUUUGCUUUGGAUGCAUCUGCUGGAGUUGGAAAGGACAAUUUUGAUAAGGUGAAAGAUUAUGUGAAGAGCGUCAUCACACAGUUUGAGAUUAAUCGUGACAUUACCCAAGUUGGCCUUGUAAUUUAUGGCAGCAGAUCUAGGACAAUAUUUGGCCUCGAUGCUUCUGAUUCAGGUACAAAUCUCCAGAAGGCAAUUAGCCUGGCCCCUUACCUGGGUGGAACUGCCUCCACUGGCAGUGUUCUCCUUCACAUUUAUGAUGAUGUCUUGAGCAUCCGACAAGGAGCACGACCUGGUGUGAACAAAGUGGCUGUCGUGCUGACAGAUGGGGCGAGUACAGAUGAUGCUGCCGUACCUGCCCAGACCCUGAGGAGUAAUGGUAUCACAGUCUUCACUGUAGGAAUCGGUGAUGCACAGAAGGAAUCAUUGGGAAAGAUCGCUGGUUCUGCGUCUCACAUGAUAAUGGUACCGUCCUAUGAAGAUUUGAAAUAUUUUGAAGAUACUAUUGUCCACAGAUUGUGUGAAGUGGCCAAGGUACCAAUUAAUCUGUGCAAACCCAAUCCAUGUAUGCAUGAUGGAGAGUGCAUACUGCACAAUGCAAGUUAUCGUUGUGAGUGCAAAGGUUGGGAGGGAGUCCAUUGUGAACACAAAAUCUCCAAUCCAGAACCACGUGGCGAUUUACCCAGGAUACAUCGGAAACGACGUCGCAGACAGAGGAAACAGCGGCGCUUAAACAGAAGAGGUAAAAGAAGGUCUCGUAAGAGACGCGGACACCGAAAGAACAAAGAACCAUUACUUUAAGAGGAGUCAUGUAAUCCUGAUUUACAUAAACUCCUUAUUUCAAAGUGGGCUCAUGAGUCCAAACACAAAAAUACCAAAAGAAUUGAGUUUCAAGGUUUUGUCAAUCUUUUAAAGUAAUGUGGAUGCCACAUUGCUCUUUUCCCAGUUUCACAGAUAAUGAAGCAAAGUGUUUUCGUUUUAUUUAAAAAUGUCUCAUAUGGUACCUACAUUUCUCAAAGAACCAUUGUUAGUGAACUAUGUUUUGACUGUGCUAUCAACUGUCUGCAUAGGUUUUCAGUCAAAGAUCCUCCUAGCCUAUGGAAGCUACAGCAUAAUUGCAGAAAGCAUUCAAUAUCACAUUGCCUUUUCUGAACUAUGAUUACACGGAUCUUCACUCAGAAAUAUAGUCAUAAGACUGUUGCACAGUUAUAUUGACUGGGUCUUAUAAGCUAUCAAACCAAAGAAUUUGUUUUACUAGCAACCACCAUAGAGAUUUGUGAUUCAAAGCAUAGAGUUGUGACAUGUAACAUAUUUAUCCUCCAUCAUGUCCACUCUUAAGAAAAGUUAGACAUUUUCUGCCCUGCUGUAUUAAAUAAGCAGAUUUACCAUGAGUGAUUUCCAUGUCCAGUGAUGUGUUAAAUAUAUGAGAAAGAAAUUAGUAUGCAGGCUAAUGUGGAGAUCACUGAAGUAAAUCUGAUUAAUUAACUGGAUUGUUAGUAUCAAUCAACUGAUUGGCUUAGGCUUCAUCACCAAAAGGAGUGAAACUGACUGAAAAUUAUUUUAGCCUAUGCAGUUAUGAUAUGUUUUAGGAGAUUGGUUAAAAUAGAGUGCAUUUUUUAAAAAUAAGAAGGUGGACCUUGGUCUCUGUUUACUAAUUUGAACUGAGUAUACAAUUAAUUACAAAAAUAGUUUAUAAUUAAAUAUAUCUAUCAAUGGCACAAAAUCUAUGUAAUUUUUGAUCAUUUACCCUCUUCUGGGACAGUAUUCCUUUUCCAGCAAAACCAAUGACUUUAACUCAAGAUUACUCUUUCUGAAGUGCUGACUUUCAGCAACUUACAUUUCUGGAAUGGAAUUGUAAAACACCGAAAUUAGCCUAAAUAUGGCAGAGCCAAAUUUUUGAACCAUUGAGCUUUGAUUUAAACAGCAUACUUUGCAUCUUUAUGUGAAAAUAUUACUUUGUGUUAGAAACACUAGGAUCUAGACAUAAUUGGAGCAAAAUCUUGCAUUCUGACUUGAACUGCAGUCUGUAUAUCUCAUUGUUUUCUCUAUAUAUUUGUUGAAAAUACCUGUAAGUCUCAAGCUUGAACUAGUGUUCAUUUUAUUUAACAACACAACAUUUGUUUAUCUUGUAAUAGAUAUUUAUAAUAGGCCUGAGUGAAUUGCAUUCUGAACUAGGAUGACAGUACUACUUAUCAUUGCUAUGUAAUUAUCGUACAGACUGUAUAUAAUCGUUAUUUGGAGACAAGCGUGUCAUUUCUAGAACUACUUAGGAGUGUGCAUGCCUGAAAUCCACUCUAAUCGCUUGAUGUCAGAAGUUAUAUCCUGGGCUGUUCCCUGUCUCUUUCUUGGCUGUAUUUAUACUUGUUUCAGGUCCCUUCUUGUCUUAGUCUCCUUGGUUUCCUUGCUACAAACCAUCCUGUUCUUUAUUUUGACUGGAUUUUCAUCAGUGUUGUAACAUGAAUAGCAAGACCUAGGGAUACUGAUUUCCAGGAGAGUGCAGCACAAAUGUUGCAAUAACUUCAACUGCAAGUCAUUCCUCCUCCACAGAUUAUACACCUUUUAAUUUUAUGAACCAGUUUUAGACAUGAAGAUAAUUUUAAAAAUAAGAUGUCAGAUCAUUAGCGAUUUCUAUACAGUAACUGUGUAUGGGUGGCUGAGGGAAAUCAUUCACUUGCAGUACUUGCAUUUAAUUUACAUGAUCUCUCAAAGCAGCUUUCUUAAAAUCACAUUGCUACAUAGUGCUGACUUCAGUGGUGUUAAAUGAUAACAAGUAAUAAAAUGUAUAAGUAAUAAAAGCAGCACCUGGUGGCAUGGUGGCUUAGUGGUUAGCACUGCUGCCUCACAGCACCAGGGGCCUGGGUUCAAUUCUAGCCUCA